AUGGACCCGCGUUCGUGGUUCAGCAGCCUGACGGGCUACUUCGUCUACAUCCUGUCCGUUGCGACUCUCGGCCCGCUUCUCUUCGGCUUCCAUUUGUCUGAGUUGAACGCGCCCGAAGAUGUCAUCCGCUGUAAACGAAAGUCGAUCAAGUCUACCGUUGCUAGCCCCAGCCUCCCGCAAUGCAUCGAAAUGAGCCCAACCGAAUGGGGUGUUGUGGGGUCGCUGUACACACUGGGAGGUCUGAUGGGAGCGCUUUCGGCAGGACCGCUGGCAGGCAAAUACGGGCGCCUCAGGGCCAUGCAGAUAUCCACCAUCUUCUUCGCUGUGGGCCCCAUCUUCGAGGCGCUAAGCCCAAACAUUGGUGUUAUGGCAUUUGGAAGACUGCUGUCAGGAGUGGGUGCAGGCGCGUCUGUCGUCAUUGUGCCCCUGUACAUCUCUGAGAUCUCUCCGCCGGGCGAGAAGGGCUUCUUUGGUGCUUUCACACAGAUUGGGUGCAACGUGGGCAUCCUGAUCACGCAGUUGUUGGGAUACUUCUUGAGCCACGACUCCUACUGGAGGCUUAUCUUGGCCAUUGGAGGUGUCAUCGGGGCUGUACAAGGCGUGGGACUGCUAUUGUCGGUCGAGAGCCCAAAGUACAUUGCAGAGCAGGGUAAUGUCUCGCUCGCGAAGAAGACGCUGCGCAAGAUCAGAGGAGAACAUGCAGACAUUGAAGAUGAAAUGAACGACUGGGGUGUCUCGGGCUCAGGCAAUGUCAGUGAGGAGGAACAGACCCUAUUGAGCAACGAAGAUGGGCCAGCUGAUGCGAGACCGAAAGAGUCAGGCAAAGAACAGACGCUCAGCAUUGCGCAAGUCUUCCGCCAUCCUGACUACCAAAAGGCUGCCAUCGCUGUCGUCAUGGUUAUGCUGGCCCAACAGUUCAGCGGCAUCAACAGCAUUGUCAUGUACGGUGUUUCGCUUCUGGCAGGUCUACUCGAGUCCAAUUCCGCACUUCUCAAUCUUGCCGUCUCAGCGCUCAACAUCAUCGUUACAGCCAGCUGUGCGCCCCUGGCAGACAAGCUGGGUCGCAAGGUCUGCCUGCUCAGCUCCCUUGCCAUCAUGGGCACGAGCUCACUCCUGCUCGCCAUUGGCAUCAUCAAGUCGAUCUCUGUCCUCUCCGCCGUUGCUGUCCUGCUAUUUGUAUCUGGCUUCGCUGUUGGUCUUGGCCCGGUGCCCUUCAUCCUGGCGAGCGAGCUGGUAGGCCCGGAUGCUGUUGACGCAACACAGAGUAUUGCGCUCGGAGCCAACUGGAUUGCUACAUUCAUUGUCGCACAGUUCUUUCCGUUGGCGAGCGCCAAGUUGCACGGCCAUGUCUACUUCAUCUUUGCUGCACUAUCGGCCUUCUUCUUUGCCUUCAUUACCUGGUAUGUGCCUGAGACCAAGGGCAAGAAGAAUGCGGAUGAGGUCUGGGGCAGGGAGCCCAUAAUUUCUAUCUUCCCUUUUCGCUUGCUGCCCCGUACAAUCUACCACUCCAUCAUGACGGCUUUCCCACCACAUUUCUCUCCACACCUCUCGAGCGCCGGGCGAGAGGGCUUCGACUUCCAGACGUCACAGCUUAAGCCAGAGACACCGGAGCGUGUCGCGAACGAUGAUGAUGCGCACCACAACCCGCCGCCCUCAAUAAUAUCGCCUGCCUUUACGCCCCCAGCGACACCCGGGGGCGCGACACCCUCGCAACCCCGACCGCCCCGCUCCAUACCAGUCGAUACCUCAGUGCGCACCGACACGCCGCGACCGGAUCUACUGCCGCAGCUGCCCAAAGUGGAGUGCGAAGUGCGCGCGCGGAUACCCACAACUACCGGGCACGAGAUGUGGUUGCACGUGUACAGGAACAGCGUUGACACUAAGGAGCAUCUUGCAAUUGUUUUUGGAAACCAAAUACGCUCUAGAUCACUAGAUGCAGAGCGGCCUGGCGAGACGGAAUUGGACCGUAUGACAAGAGGCGCAUAUGUAGGACGCUUGUACCCGGGGCGAAUCAGCUCGCGGGUUGAGCAGCUCAAGAGGGCGGAAGGCGUCCCUACAAAGCGCAAGCCAGAGUCUGACUCGGAUCAUGCGCAUAAGAGCAACGGGCUGUUGUCGCCAGCGUCCGCAUCAUCCUCAGAGAAUGGAGACGUCCUGCCAGCCUCCUCACUAGAAUUACCUCUUGUCCGUAUACACUCCGAAUGUUAUACUGGCGAGACUGUAUGGUCUGCGCGCUGCGACUGCGGCGAGCAACUGGACGAAGCCGCGCGGCUGAUGGCCGAUCCCACUCUGUCACCCUCCGGCGGCGCUAUUAUCUACCUUCGCCAAGAGGGCCGCGGAAUUGGUCUAGGCGAGAAGCUUAAGGCUUACAACCUGCAAGAUCUAGGCAACGAUACAUACGAAGCGAACAUUAUGUUAAGGCAUCCCGCAGACGCGCGCAGCUACGGUCUAGCUACGGCUAUGCUGAUGGACUUGGGCUUAGACGGAGACAAAGGCAUAAGACUUUUGACCAACAACCCAGAUAAAGUCCAUGCGGUCGAGGGCCCGAAUAGAGAAGUCGUAGUAAGAGAACGCGUAGCUAUGGUUCCGCUCGCCUGGAAAACAGGUGGUAUGAAGGGAAUCAAGAGCGAAGAAGUAGAGAAGUAUCUUAGUACCAAGAUCGAAAAGUUCAAGCAUAUGUUAGAUCAAAAAUAA